AACUUCGUGGUUAUACACUUCCAAACGUCCAAAAGAAAUUCCGGUGAAAAAGUGAUAUUUGAAAAUUAGCAUAAGUAUGGGGAAACUCUUGCUCAAGCUAAUUUUCGCAUUGGCAAUAUGCUCAAUCACGGGCAAAGCUGCCGCUGAUGAGUGGUGGGAACAGGGCCACUUUUAUCAAAUCUAUCCUCGCAGUUUUAAAGACAGUAAUGAUGAUGGAGUGGGCGACUUAUCGGGAAUUUCAAGUAAAUUACCAUUUUUAAAAAGUAUCGGCGUCACUGGCGUUUGGCUUUCACCAAUUUUCAAAAGUCCGAUGAAAGACUUUGGUUAUGAUAUCGAAGAUUUCACACAAAUUGAUCCAAUAUUCGGAACGAUGGAGGAUUUUGAAAAAUUACUUGCGCACGCUAACGAAUUAGAUAUCAAAAUACUUCUUGAUUUUGUGCCAAAUCACAGUUCCGAUAAACACAAAUGGUUCAAGGCAUCAGCCGACCCAAAUAAUCCAGACCAUAAUAAAUACAAGGAUUAUUAUGUGUGGAAUGAAGGAAAAUUAUUGGAGAAUGGUACAAGAGUUCCACCGAGUAAUUGGAUCAGUAUUUUCCGUGGAAGUGCAUGGACAUGGGUCGAAAGCCGAAAGGCAUACUAUUUGCAUCAAUUCUUGGCCGAACAACCGGACUUGAACUAUCGGAACGAAGCACUCGUCAAUGAAAUGAAAGAAAUUUUACGAUACUGGUUGAGAAAGGGUGUUUCUGGUUACAGAUGCGACGCCGUUCCAUUUUUAUUUGAAGUUAAGGAAAAUGCGGAUGGACUGUUUGAUGAUGAAGAUUUAAGCGGAGAAUGUGAAAAUGAUCCAGAGGCUUCGUGUUAUUUGAAUCACACAAAAACGCAAGAUUUAGAUGAGACCUUUGAUAUGAUUUACCAAUGGCGUAGAGUCGUCGACGAGCCAGAGUUUUCGAAUUUUCCGCGAAUGUUAAUGACCGAAGCCUAUACAUCUUUUGAAAAUAACUUGAGAUACUACGGACGUGUCGAUGAAAGUGGGAAAAUCGUUGAAUACGGUUCUCACGUGCCAUUCAACUUUGACUUAAUUUCAAGAACCAAUCGAGAUACAAAAGCUGACGUGUAUAAGGAGAAAAUUGAAGCAUGGCUCAAUGGCAUGCCAAAAGCGGAAAAGAUUCAUGCGAACUGGCUCUUGGGAAAUCACGAUAAUAAACGAACGGCAUCGAGAUACAAUCCAUCUCGAACUGAUCUCAUCAACAUCUUGUUGAAAACAUUGCCAGGACUCACUGUCACAUAUUACGGCGAAGAGAUCGGAAUGACAGACGUAUUUAUUUCAUGGGAAGACACUCAAGAUCCACAAGCAUGUCGUACGGAUCCACAGGUAUUCGAUCAAUAUUCACGUGAUCCGGCACGAACGCCCAUGCAAUGGGACGGUUCGAAGAAUGCUGGUUUCAGCGAGGCGGCUUCAACAUGGCUUCCAGUUGCCAAAAAUUUUACGGACUGCAACGUUAAAUUGCAAGAGUCUCUAGAAAAAAGCCAUUUAUCGGUUAUGCGUAAAUUGAUGAAAUUGCGUCAACAUCCAACAUUCAAGUAUGGUGGAUUACAAAUUAGUGCCGUUGAUGACGAUGUUCUUGUGUAUAAACGAGAACAAGAACAAUCGAACGAUGACAUUUUCAUCGUUGCUUUGAAUCUAGGCAAGACAGACAAAGUUAUUGAUUUAAAUAUCAAUUUAGAUGGAGUUCCAUCGCAAUUGAGUGUUCUUGUUGCUUCCAUACAAUCAAGUCGACCAACUGAAGGUGAUGUUAUCAGCAGCAAAGAAGUCGUGUUGCCGCCUGAAGUUGGGGUCGUACUCUUUGGACGCAAUUGAUGGCAUUUGCAAAAAAAAAAUGUUCUGAAGUUGAAAAAGUAAUAAUUUGACUUCUUUGAAAAUGCAAAAGAUUUUUGUUGGGUCAAACGACGAAUAAAGAGACAUUAUUAAUACAAA